AUGGCAAUAAUUUCGGUCGAAAACUCCAAUCCUGUGGUUUCACAACCGGUAAUUAACGGAACCCAUGCUUGCGCGAACUCGUUCAUCCCGAUGGAUAAGACCGAGGCGGACCAGACAAAGCCAGAGCCUUUGUGUCAGAACAGCAGAGUCCGACGGUCGAAUCGCGCUGUAGCCAUGACAAGGAACGGCCAAUUCGAGCACGCAACGUUGAAGCCCAAUCUAGACCUACCAUGCCCACUCAGCGAAUUGGCCAACGGCACGCCGCACGUCCCGGUUAGAGACAUGUGCGCCUGGGUCGACCGCCCGGUCGAGUCACGCCACCAGGAGGCUCUACAACGGCAUGGCAGGAUUCCACGUCCGAUGAAUCUAUUUCAUGCUGUACCGGCUGGCGUACAGUGA